AUGUCCGAAAAAUACGACUGGCUCGUCCAAAUCCCUGUGAAUGCGAGCGAUAUGAAAGCGUGGGCCAACGCCCGUGACGCGCAUCUCUUGCACCUCAAACCAUAUGUCGCCGAUGGAACUAUUGUUUUCGCAGGCCCCACCCUCGCAGCGCAUCCCAAGGAACCAGAAGACAAGAUGGAGAUCACAAGCAGUGUUAUGAUGUUUCGAGCGAGGACUGAGGAGGAGGUACGCGCAAUUGUCAGCAAAAAUGCCUUCGUCGAGGCGGGAGUUUGGGAUAUGGAUCGCGCGGUGGUGGCGCCUUUUAAAUGUGGUGACAGCGCUUUGAAGUUUUACUUGAGCUCCGAAUGUGUUUAA